AUGACGACGAUGAUGAUAGCGAUGAAGACGACAAUGACGACGAUAAUGAUGAUAGCAAUAAAGGACGACGAUAAUGAUGAUAGCGAAGAAGGUAACGAUGACGACGACGUUGAUGAUAACCAUGAAGGUAACGAUGACGAUGACAAUAGCGAUGAAGGUAAUGAUGAUGAAGAUGAUGAUGAUAGCGAUGAACGUACCAAUAACGACGACGACGACGACGUUGAUUAUGACAGCGAUGGAGCUUACGAUGACGACGGUGAGGACGAUAGCUGUGAAAGUAACGACGAUGAUGAUAGCGAUGAAGGUAACGAUGACGAUGAUAGCGAAGAAGGUUCCGACGACGACGACGAUGAUGAUGAUAGCGAUGAAGGUAACGAUGACGACGAUGAUGACGAUAGUGAUGAGAGUGACGAUUAUGAUUAUAGCAACGAUGAGGAUGAUGAUUAA